AUGUCGAGAAAUGAAGAUAAUAUUAUAAAAGGAUCAGUGAGACGUCUCGGUUUUGGUAACGGUUCACCAUUAAAUUCGAAUACCACCGACUUUUCUUGGCGGUUCAAAUCAGAAUCCAUAUCAGGACCAACGGAUUUGUGUGGCGGUUCUUGGGGUUGGGAUGAAUCCGAUACGGAUCGUCCUCCGCUUGUAGAAUCAAGUACAGGUAUACAAUUCGGUACGUCUGGUACGGAAUCAACGCAAGAACAUUCAUCACCCGGAACGCAAAAUCAAAAUCAAAUACCUGGAAGAAGAACACCAUUGGGAGCUGUCGGUCUCGGAGGAUUUUAUUUUCCGCCAUCUUUAUUGCAACAGCAGGCAUCGUGUUCAGGUCCUAGAGAUGAAAAUAGUCCAGAACCCAACGUGUCUAAUUCAAACAUACCAUCAACUAACAGAGUUCAAACAUCUCGAAAUAACACGACAGGAAACGUCAGCAAAGGUAAAUCGAGACAAGGAAAACUCGUUAGACUUAAUAUAAAUGCAAGAGAAAGGAGAAGAAUGCACGAUCUCAAUGAUGCAUUAGACGAAUUGAGAAGUGUCAUACCUUAUGCACAUUCACCAUCGGUUAGAAAACUGUCGAAAAUUGCCACUUUGCUGUUGGCUAAAAAUUACAUUCUAAUGCAAGCCAACGCUUUGGAAGAAAUGAGAAGAAUAAUUGCUUACAUGCAAACACAAGGAGCUGUUGCGAUGCCUGGAAUGCAAACAUCUCCGGGUGCUGCUUUUGAUCCUCAAACAUUUACAAACAACAUUCCACAAAAAAUUCAACCGCCAUCUACGCCUCCUCCAGCAACAGGAGCAUCAGCAGCAGCAGCUGUAUCACCAGGCUCGUGA